AUGCUGAUCGUGAUGAUGUAUGCUCCUUCUACCUGCUGCUCCGUGUCAUGCAUACAGAAACAGACAAGACGUUAUCAACAGGGUGAGACGGUGAAUGCUGAGACCAUGUGCAGCAGCGGCGGUGAUGAUAUCAUAGCUACAACUCAAAAUGAACGAGGGGUUACAAGCGGAAACGCGUUUGCGCAUAGCUCGUCGGAUGGUAAUGGCCUUUCCAAGGAAGUAUUCACCGCAGAAGCUCCAUGGCAACCGCAGUCGACCAUCCGCAUUUACGUAUUUUUGAUGAAAUGCCCUUCGUCGUGUACCAAGCCCAGCGCAUUGCGGGUCAAUGUACCGACUGCGGGCCGACUUUGGACGGACUGGUGACUGUUUAGGCAGCGGGACGACCGGAAACAACAGCCAGAGGCAUCGGGAUGUGGAAAAGGCAGGCCCAGAAGGAGACGGAGAGGGAACAGGAAGGGAAGGCCAUGAAAAGCAGGGCACACGGGGCUGACGGGGGCUUGAUAGGCAGGGCA